AAACAAUUUCUUUAUUCAAUUAGAACAAAUAUGAAGAAAGGUCUUUUGGAAAACCGGCAUUAUUUUAUUGACUUUUAAACCGGCUUUAUUUGCUCUUAUCUCUAAUACCAUAAGCUCAAAGCUUUUUUAUUUGACUGACACUUGCCAGUUGCCAGUGUUAAAUGUGACAUUUACGUGAUAAACAGUGGAUUUGUCGGAAUACGAUAUUGUUUUCUAAAAUCUACCUUUUCUGCUGUUAUUACGCUACUUCUUACUGCGCCAUUAAUGAAAAAUCACAAAACAACGCCCAUACAAACUCCCAGUAACUUAUACUUCAAUCCAGAUUAUGCAUAUUAGUAUUAUUUGUUGAUAUAAAAAAGCAAAUUAUAAUUAAAUAAUGUCUGACGAGGCCGAAAAUAAAUCACUCCUUAAUUUGGAUGUGAGGUGUGUAGCUUGCUUUAGUAUAGGCAGGAAUUUACGGCCUAUGAAAGAGGCGAUGUUAAUGUCUAAGAUUUGUCCUGGGCUGAAAUUCACAGACAAUGCUAUGAUAUGCUGGGAGUGUGGACAUAUUAUAGAAAAGAUAAAGGCUUUUAAAGCUAGAAUAAUUAAAACACAAUCUUUACUAAAUACAAUAUCGGAGAAUAUGCAGUCACAUGAUAUCAAAACCCUAUCAUCAUUAAAGACAACAGACACAUCCAUAGUUAGCAUACUAGAGGAUGAAUCAAACUCUGAAGCCAAUCAACCAGCCUUGAGCCAACGUAUUAAGUUCGAAGACUCUGAUAGCGACUGGGCAGAGGAUACGUGUGACAAUAGCAACGAUAACUGGUCCAAUACAGAAGAUAGUUGUGCUAGUUCCGUGAAGUAUAGUCAGCAAACACCAAUGAAAAGACCAGAUAAUACAAAAACUAGCCAAUGGUUGCAGCAAGAGAAACUGAAUGUGCCAAAAAUUGUUGGUAACAACACUAUGACACUGAAAGAACUGUUAGAUCAACCUUUACAGUACCCAGCAGGAAAGUACCAGGACGAAAAAAGUGUCAAAGAUGGUACUUUGGACAAAGAUGAUGAUGAAAGUACCGUUUGGUCCGGCGGGCAAUGUACAAUGUGUUCCUUCAGAUUUAAUGAUCAAAACACAUAUGUUCAGCAUAUGAAAUGGCAUUCUAUAAAUCCAGGGUUCAAAUCUGCGACUCCCAGUACAACGUCCCACCCGCCUAUCCAACCAAGCUACAUGGACCUCACACCUAUGACAUCCUGGGAGUUCUCCUGUCAGCUAUGUGAUCUAAAAUUCACAUGCAAACUUAGCUACGACAAUCAUUAUGUAGCAAUACACCACAAUAAAAAACGGCCGUAUAUAACUGAACAAUUAUCACCAAAGCACGCUGCGCCACGCAUUUACGAAGACGAAAUAAAACCAGUGAUUUUAAGCAAGAAAAUAAAAAAGGAAUAUAUUAAGAGUGAAUUAUCAAAUUUACAGCCAAAGUUUUUUAGUAAAUCUGAAAGAAAAACGUAUUAAUAUAUCAAAUACGACUGCACGGAUAGCCGUGGUUGAGGU